CGAACUCAGCUGAUUGAAUGAAAACGCCAAGCGGAGCAGCAGCCACAUUAGCUCCAAGCAGCGCUCUUUGAGAGAGGGACAACGUGGCAGAGAGAGCGAUAGAGAGCUCCAAUUAGUGGGGGCAGAGCAGAGGCAGAGCAACAAGCAGCGGCAGAGAGCGAGAGAGAGGCGUCCAGCAGACUUCCAGGAUGGGUGCAGGUGAUGCGGAGAACGGCAAGAAGAUCUUCGUGCAGAAGUGCGCCCAGUGCCACACCUACGAUGUGGGUGGCAAGCACAAGGUGGGUCCAAAUCUGGGCGGGAUCGUGGGCCGCAAGAGCGGCACUGCCCCCGGAUACAAGUACACGGAGGCCAAUCAGAAAAAGGGUGUCACCUGGACGGAGGGCAACCUGGACGAGUACCUCAAGGACCCCAAAAAGUUCAUUCCCGGCACCAAGAUGGUCUUCGCCGGUCUCAAGAAGGCUGAAGAACGGGCCGAUUUGAUCGCCUUCCUCAAGACAAACAAAUAAAAUACUAAUUCCUGCGAAACAACAAGAUCGGUAACCAUAAUAUCUGGAACACUGCGCUAAAGAAGACAUCCAAAAGAUGCCGCUAUUCCUUGAUUUUAUCUUUAGCUGGCAACUAUCCUAUGCCCAAUAACAUUAAAACUUGUUU